AUGGAAGAAUCCCGAGGUGGAGGGGCGGUGUCGCACCAAGGAUGGUUGGCCGGUGAACAAAUUAUAAGAUGGAGGGUAUAUGCCAAAAGGUACCAAGGAAAUAAGCAAAACACCAGACAGGACCGAGAUGGGAUGGGAGGGGGAAGGCCAAGAGGUCGUCAAUCAUACCCAGUCAGGCAGGCUGCAGGAAAGAGGCAGCAGUUACCGCAAGUGAGGAGGGAAAAGAGGCAAAACCAAAACAGAGAGGAAGAAGAGGAAGAAGCAAUUGUCAAGAUGGAACUGACAGAGAACGUGGAUCCCGAUCGGGCCUGUCACAUGGAGGGGGUUGCCGAUCACGAGGCAUACAGCGAGAGACCCUUUUGGAGACCAGACUAG